GUUGCUGUGAAUCUUACGGGAAGAUCAACCCCGAGCUGGUGUGCUGCAACCCCCAUCACCUUAGCCGACUCUGCGAACUCGAGUCUCCCCCUCCUCCUUACUCCAGAUACCCGAUGGAUUUUCUCAAACCAACUGCAGCCUGUCCGGAUGCUGUGCCUUCCUCCGCUGAAACAGGGGGAACGAAUUAUCUGGCCCCUGGGGGGCUUUCAGAUUCCCAACUUCUUCUGGAGCCUGGGGAUCGGUCACACUGGUGCGUGGUGGCAUACUGGGAGGAGAAGACGAGAGUGGGGAGGCUCUACUGUGUCCAGGAGCCCUCCCUGGAUAUCUUUUAUGAUCUACCUCAGGGGAAUGGCUUUUGCCUCGGACAGCUCAAUUCGGACAACAAGAGUCAGCUGGUGCAGAAAGUGCGGAGCAAAAUUGGCUGUGGCAUCCAGCUGACGCGGGAGGUGGAUGGCGUGUGGGUGUACAACCGCAGCAGUUACCCCAUCUUCAUCAAGUCAGCCACACUGGACAACCCGGACUCCAGGACGCUGUUGGUACACAAAGUGUUCCCCGGUUUCUCCAUCAAGGCUUUUGACUACGAGAAAGCGUUCAGCCUGCAGCGGCCCAAUGACCACGAGUUCAUGCAGCAGCCGUGGACUGGCUUCACCGUGCAGAUUAGCUUCGUGAAGGGCUGGGGCCAGUGCUACACCCGCCAGUUCAUCAGCAGCUGCCCGUGCUGGCUGGAGGUCAUCUUCAACAGCCGGUAGCCACAUGGGGAGAGGACAGAGCGGGAGCCGAGCGGGCCCAGUCCAAACUACUUUGCUGCUAACGUUUUCCUCCUGAGUGCUUGCUUUUCAUGCAAACUCUUUGGUCGUGUUCCCCCCCCCUCCCCUUUUCGUCUUUCUCGUUUAUGCUCUGUUUUGUUUUGUUCUGUGAGAAAUAGCUUAUGAAAAGAAUUGGGUUUUUUAGGGGGUGGUGGUGGUAUGGUUGGCAGAACACCUCAUGUGAAAAGGGGAGGCAAAAAUCGGAGUACCGCCAAACACAGUGUAGGAAUGGGGAGCAGGUCCCAACUUUGGGGUCAUUGUUGCCCUUGUCAGGGCGUACGUGUGAGCGAAUGUGAGUGUGUGCACAUGCGCACGAAUGCAGAUGGGGGACUCGUGUGUUUCUUACGAUGUCUCCGGCUGAGACCUUUUGCUCCCAAGGUUGUCUCUCUGCCCCUUGGACAUGCUCAGUGGGGCAGCAGCUGCCAGCAGCAAGGCUCUGUCCCCAGCCCCGGGAAGCCCCCGCCUCACCUCUUCCCUUCUAGGACAUUGGCUUCUUAGAAACAACCCUGCAAGAGGCUGAACCAGAACCCGUUUUUCCAUGCCGUCUUAUCGCUCCCCUGUAGCCACCCUGUUGCCAUUGUCGUGUCUUUCUUUUUUUGACCAUCUGCUCCUGGACAUCUCUGAGAUGGGCUUCCCAAGGGCUGCCGGGGCAGCCCCGUCACAGUAUUGCUCACCCAGUGCCCUCUCAGGCCCCUCAGCCUCUCCCCUGCCCUGGUGACAUCAGGUUUUCCCCGGACGCAGAAAACCAGCUCAGCACUUUCCUCCCCUCCGCAGCCCAUGUGUUGAGCUCUGCUGUUGGACCAGCAAGGGGAGAAGCCCCAGGAGGGAGACUUCUCAGCAUCCCCCUCUUCCCACCAAGGAUUCGGUCCAUCACAACCCAAGGUACCAUCCUGAGCUGACACCUAACUCUUUCAUUUCUUCUACAACUCAUACACUCGUAUGAUACGUUGACACUGCUCUUAGCUCAAUGAGCAUGUUUAGACUUUAACAUAAGCUAUUUUUCUAACUACAAAGGUUUAAAUGAACAAGAGAAGCAUUCUCAUUGGAAAUUUAGCAUUGUAGUGCUUUGAGAGAUAAAGGACUCCUGAAAAAAAAACCCUGAGAUUUAUUAAAGAAAAAGUGUAUUUUAUGUUAUAUAUAAAUAUAUUAUUACUUGUAAAUAUAAAGACGUUUUAUAAGCAUCAUUAUUUAUGUAUUGUGCAAUGUGUAUAAACAAAAAUAAAGAAAAGAUGCACUUUGCUUUAAUAUAAAUGCAAAUAACAAAUGCCAAAUUAAAAAAGAUAAACACAAGAUUGGUGUUUUUUUCUAUGGGUGUUAUCACCUGGCUGAAUGUUUUUCUAAAGGAGUUUAUGUUCCAUUAAACAAUUUUUAAAAUGUA